AUGGCACGUGGUUUCACAGUGGGCUUUGACCCAUCAGGUCUAGGAGAACUGAGCUCUGGCUCUCUGAGCUCCCUCUCCUCCCGAGGCCAUCUGGGCAGCGACUCGGGCGCCACAGCAACACGAUACUUGCUGAGGAAGCAACAGCGCCUGCUGAAUGGCCCCCCCCGGGGAAUCCGAGCCUCAUCACCCAUGGGCCGAGUCAUCCUCAUCAACUCCCCCAUUGAAGCCAACAGUGACGAGAGUGACGUCAUCCACGCAGUUCGGGUGGAGAAGAGCUCCUCUGGGAGGCUGGGUUUCAGUGUGAGAGGCGGCUCCGAGCAUGGCCUGGGCAUCUUUGUCAGCAAGGUGGAGGAGGGGAGCAGUGCAGAGCGGGCUGGCCUGUGUGUGGGGGACAAGAUCACGGAGGUGAACGGACUGAGUCUGGAGAGCACCACCAUGGGCAGUGCCGUGAGGCUGCUGACCAGCAGCAGCUGCCUGCACAUGAUGGUGCGGCGCAUGGGCCGUGUGCCUGGCAUCAAGUUCUCCAAGGAGAAGACCACAUGGGUGGAUGUGGUGAACCGGCGGCUGGUGGUGGAGAAGUGUAGUCCAACAGCAUCGGACAGCAGCUCAGAAGACGGUGUGCGGCGCAUCGUCCACCUCUACACGACCUCCGAUGACUUCUGCCUAGGCUUCAACAUCCGCGGGGGCAAGGAGUUCGGUCUGGGCAUCUAUGUGUCUAAAGUGGACCAUGGUGGGCUGGCUGAGGAGAACGGCAUCAAAGUGGGGGACCAGGUCCUGGCAGCCAACGGUGUCAGGUUUGAUGACAUCAGCCACAGCCAGGCCGUGGAGGUGCUGAAGGGCCAAACGCACAUAAUGUUGACCAUCAAGGAGACCGGCCGGUACCCUGCCUACAAAGAGAUGGUUUCUGAGUACUGCUGGCUGGAUAGAUUGAGCAACGGGGUACUGCAGCAGCUGUCCCCAGCCUCUGAGAGUGGUUCCAGCGUCUCCUCCUAUGCCUCCAGUGCCCCCUGCAGCUCAGGCUCACUGCCCUCUGACCGCAUGGAUGUCUGUCUGGGGCCCGAGGAGCCCAGUGGCUGUGGCCCAGGCUGGGGACGGGCAGACACAGCCAUGCAGACUGAGCCCGAUAUGGGCAGCCAUGUGGAAACUUGGUGCAGCAUCCGGCCAACUGUCAUCCUCAGGGACACGGCCAUCCGCUCUGAUGGUCCCUCUUCUACCCGACGCCUUGAUUCUGCACUUUCAGAGUCGCCCAAGACUGCUCUGCUGCUGGCCCUGAGCCGACCCAGGCCUCCCAUCACACGGUCCCAGAGUCACCUGACACUGUGGGAGGAGAAGAAACAGCGGAAGAAGGAGAAGUCAGGGUGCCCCGGGGAGAAGGGGGCCUUGCAGCGCUCCAAGACACUGAUGAGCCUCUUCUUCAAGGGAGGGCGGCAGGGGCGGCAAGCAGGGGACGGGCACAGAGAGGCCUGGACACUGGACAGUAGAAGCCCCACCAAAGUCCGCCCUCGCCUGGACCUGGAGAAAGCAGGGAGCGUGGGGCCUGUGCAGAAGUUUGUCACCUGGAGACUGAGACGUGAUCGGGAGAGGGGCCGGGCCCUGCUCUCUGCCAGGUCUGGAAGCCCCUCCGGCCAGCUGCCCAAUGUGGAUGAGCAGGUGCAGGCCUGGGAAAGUCGACGGCCCCUCAUUCAGGACCUGGCCCGGCGACUGCUGACAGACGAUGAAGUACUAGCGGUCACUCGCCACUGCUCCCGGUAUGUCCAUGAGGGUGGUGUGGAGGACCUGGUGCGCCCCCUGCUGGCCAUCCUGGACAGGCCGGAGAAGCUGCUGCUGCUGAGGGACAUCAGGAGUGUGGUGGCCCCCACGGACCUCGGCUGCUUUGAUAGCAUGGUGAUGCCUGCGGAGUUGGAGGCUUUUGAGGCUCUCAAGAGCAGGGCAGUUCGGCCUUCUGCUUUGAGACCAACCAGGCAAGACACGCCACCCAAGCGUCACCUCAUCACCCCUGUGCCUGACAGCCGUGGAGGCUUCUACUUGCUGCCAGUGAAUGACUGCUCAGAGGAAGACCAUGGCGAGAUCCGGGAGAGGCUGGGGGGCCUUAAGGUCUCCCUCAGUGCCUCUGCCCCUCGCCACCACCAUAAAGGAAUCCCCCCUCUACAAGAUGUACCAGUUGAUGCCUUCUCUCCUCGCCGCAGCGCAUGCACACCCCCUCCCCAGCCGCCUCCUGUGGCUCCCCGGCCUCCCAGGCCUAACUGGUUACUGACAGAACCCCUAAGCAAAGAGGAGGUUCAGCAGAACGAGAGCCAGACCCCAGCCCAAAGCCGCAGUCACAGCCGCAGCCGCAGCCGGGGUCGAGGCAAGUCCCCUGGGCGCAGGAGCUCCCCAUCCCCAGCACCCAUCACCACUGCCACCACAGCCAACGGGCGUUACCACAGGCCUCGGAAGGCAAGGCCCUUGCUUCCACGACCUCUGGACGGGCAGGAGGCCAAAGUGGAAGCUAGGCAAGGGCCCUUGGAGAAUGGAGUUAAUGGGACGGUUGAGAUGACCAGAAAAGCCUCCACUGGAGAGCUGAGGACAGUCACGCUAUCUAAGAUGAAGCAGUCUUUGGGCAUCAGCAUCUCUGGGGGUAUCGAGUCCAAGGUGCAGCCCAUGGUGAAGAUAGAGAAGAUCUUCCCAGGAGGCGCUGCUUUCCUCUGCGGGGCCCUGCAGGCUGGCUUCGAGCUGGUGGCAGUGGAUGGAGAGAGUCUGGAGCAGGUGACCCACCAACGAGCCGUGGACACCAUUCGCAGAGCAUAUAGAAACAAGGCUCGGGAGCCUAUGGAGCUUGUGGUCAGGGUCCCUGGGCCUGGCCUGCUGCCCUUAUCCUCUGCUUCGUUAGCCUUCAAGGACCAGAGCCUUCCCUCUGACGGUUCCUCUGCCCACGGACCCCUUGACAAUACCCCAGCCCACCACCAGCUGCCACCCCCUGAGGCUGGGCAACUACAGCAGACUCCCAGCCCAGCCCUUCAGGCUCCUUACAGCACCUCCAAACUCUCCCCUCUUAAGGGUUCCCAUGACCCUUCCCACUGA